CCGCGUGCAGCUUUUCUCCAGCGGGACGGUAGCAGCCUCACAGCGCGCGCGCUCGCUCGCUCGCUCAACUCAACAAACACAGACCCAAACAGACACACCACAUAGGCACAGAUACACCGAGAGUCAGCGGGGAGCUCGGCGGCGGAAAAGUCACGCUAAAGACCAGCAGAACCGAAAUGCGAGUCUCUAAUUCGACGAGAUAACAGCGUCCUGACUUUUGGAAGUCGGUGGACUCAUCCUGAGCACGAGCCUGAGUGAAAAGCCUGGAACUGCACGCUACGGGUGAAGAGCUCGGAACCGUAUUUCUAAGAUAGUAACUGAAUUUGGCAACAAUGAGUGCCAAGUCAGCCAUCAACAAAGAGAUCUUUAUCCCACACAACGAGAGGAUGUUGGCAGCCGUGCAGGUGAAGAGGAGGACGAAGAAGAAGAUUCCCUUCCUGGCUACAGGUGGUCAGGGCGACUACAUGACUUUCAUCUGCCUAUCAGUGACCAACAAGAAGCCAACCGAGAUCUCUAUUACAAAAGUGAAGCAGUUUGAGGGCUCUUCCUCAUUUGUCAGAAGAUCCCAGUGGAGUCUUAACCAGUUGCAGCAGGUGAACGGCAUUGACCCUAACAGGGAUUGUCCAGAGUUUGACCUGACAUUUGAGAACGCGUUUGACCAGUGGGUAGCCGGCUCAGCUGGGGACAAGUGCAUGUUUGUGCAGGUCCUACACAACACGUGCCAGCGCUACAGUGCAGAAAGAAAACCAGAGUUUGUCAACUGCCAAUCCAAACUGCUGGGAGAGCAAUCAGUAAAUUCAGUCAUUUACCGUUGCAAGAUCUUUUUGAACAGAAUGAGGAAGACAGUUAUGUCGGACCCAGGUGUCCUACUUCAAGCAGGUAACAGCAUCCUGCACUCUGCAGCCGACAGUGUGAGUAGUGCGGUGCUGAAGGCCAGUCAGGCACUGAACGAGCGUGGAGAGAGACUGGGCCGUGUGGAGGAGAAAACUGGAGACAUGAUGAACAGUGCUCAUCAGUUUGCUGAUACUGCACAUAAGUUGGCCAUGAAGCACAAAUGUUAAACUGUGCCAAAUCACAGAGUGUUCUGCCAACGACGCCCGGGUGGACGAAUUUGAGAUAUUAUUCUUUAAACAAAAAAUAUUUAACACUAGUAUUAUGACUUAAUGCUGUUUUUUUGUUUUUCUUUUGGCUUUUUAAAAUUUAUUAUUAUUAUUAUUUUUACACCUUCCUGGUGUUUCCAUAAGAGGAGUUCAAGCUGGGGUAAAAGAUGUCUGGCCCACUGACUGUGCAUGACGAAAAAGCAGUUAGGGCGUUUUAUGUUUUCAGGAGCCUCUCUUCUGGUUCCUUUCACAGAGGGGAAGGGGUGCAGAGGUUACUGGGGUCCUGGAUGCAGGAUUAUUUUACGGAAGGCAAUAGGGCACCGUGUUACAUUUGGGGCCAAUUAAACUGGAUGUACCGAAGACAAACCAUUUAUUAGCAGUUGCCUAAGGGUAUGACUUAUUUAUCUCUGAACCCACAAUGCAUUUCAUAUCAUGAGUGAGUGCUAGGUAGUCUGAAGAGGGCUGAAAGUUGCUUAAUAACUGUUUCCUUAGCCAAACAUUUUUAAUAUAUGCUGUGAUAAAGAAACAGUAGCAGAAUCAGUUGUUUGCAUUUUUCAUGAUACGAAAUGUUCGUAUUUUUGGCCAGAGAUUUCAUAUAUUUCGAUCAUGAAAAUAGAAAAUAAACUAAUAGAAUUUGAAGUUUGCUAUCAAGCUGAAUUAAAUGCUUAGCAAUGUAUGUCAUUGGAUAUCUAAACUUACUUUUAAAUGAACUUUGUGGGCAAAUCUCAAAUCAAAAGCAGUGCUCUAUAUGGCUUUUGUGUUGGUUUAGACAAUGUUAUUCACAUAUAAAUAGACAGCAUUUAAGCUCAAUAGGUUUGAAUUGAGCACUAUGUCAAAAGUGCAAUACGUACAAGUUCCAGUUUAAGCUUUUAUGCAGGGGAAUUUAUUAUUAAAUACAAAUGGUAGGUAAGAAAUGUUCACCUUUUGAGAUGAUUUCCAUGUGAGGGGAAAAAUGCUUAAACUUCACACCACAGUUGCCAUUGAUGAUCAUCAACUUUACAACAGUUGUAACAUAUUAAGUGGACACAGUACCAGUUAGUUUAGUUCAGCAGUACAUUCUUACAUACUAAUCAUGGUGCACUGCCACUACCAAUGAGCUUUUAAUGGUGUAAGUGACUUUCUGUAUUCUGUAACCGUAUGCGAUGUCACAUGAUUUGCUUGUAUGAGUCGACGGAGGUUAACAUUUGAUUAUUUCACACUCAAACUACAUAAUUACAAGUUGAUCCUCGUGUAAAACAAAUGAGAUAUUUUUAAGAAUUUGUAUAACAUGUUUGUGACCGAAGUGCACCUCAAACUGUUUUAUUGGUAGCAAUAUUUUGUGGCUUUCAAUUAGUACUUAGUAACUGUAGCUGUUUACAUAAUAGCGGAUUUCAUUACAGGCAGCAGCUUACUGAGUCUGAGGUGCUUGCUUUACUCGUGUGGGGUUUUUUUUCUUUUCAGUUCAGCAUGCAGUUAUGAUGCACUGAAAUCUUUAUCAUCAUCCAGCAACAGAACUCUCUUAAACAACACAAUGGUCAUUAUUUUAAUGAAAAUGUAAACCGUUUUGAAUGCACAUGCAAUAUUAACUGGCCGUCAUUUCCAACUGCAUGAUUAUUCAUGUUUUCUUAAAUAUUAUCAAUGUUUUUACACAAUUCAUUUCCAGACACACACUUUUACAGAUUCAUACUGCAUACUUUUGAAUUGACCAUGCUAGCAGUACUUUAGUUUUUAAACCCUGUGAAUGUAUAGUUUAUUGUUCUGAUUUGCAUUAUUAUUGAAAAAUAUAAAGGGCGGUAGAUUUGAGAGUAAUAUUACAUACACAUGUUGAUUUUAAUGGUCCGGUACAGCAGAGUUCUCCGGUUCCAGCGCUAGAGGAUGAAAAUUGUGAAGACACUCAGCCCUGGGUUUCAUUUUUAACUGUGGAUAAAUGUUUAAAGGCUCUAUGUAGAAACUAAAAUUGCACAAUCUAAGUCAAAUUUUGAGUGUCAAACACCGUUAUAGGUGAAAUAAAGGGAGAUAAUUUAUUAAAUCAUAUAUUUGUGCUACAUUCCUUAAGUGCUGAGAGUAAAGAAGGUGAAAAGGACAGACAUGUUAUGUUCGAUAUCCUGCACAACCUGUAGAUUUAGUCCCAAUAAUAGUGCCUUUGUCAAAUAUAUUUUUAAUUUCUUUUAUGAAUUUAGUCAUGGUUGUUUUCCUUAGCAUAUGCUUUAUGUGUAAAGUUUUAUGAAUGUAAUGUGUAUUCAAUAACUUAUCCCAAAGUGAUAAUCUCAUUAAUACCAAUUAAAAUCUCAGUAUUGUUUUUAUAUGGAGUUUUAAAAAUAUCUAAAUCAAAUUACUAGUGAAUGUGAUGCAGUGUAUAAGUUCACAUGAUGUGUCAUAACUGUAAAGAAUCUGGUUUCUCAUUUAUUUUAUUAAGUUCACUCCAAGUAUCUCUGCAAAUAAACAACUGACAUUCCUGGUUUGUCACUUCUCCCACAAAAUGUCAUCCCUCCAUGUAAUGUACUUUAUAUAACAGAAAGAGUUUGAAAGUUUGAAGCAAUCAGGGAUUCAUGCAUAAUUUAGUUUUUUCUUUCUAUUUGUAUUAUUUUUAUUCAUUUGCAGUGUCUCUUAAUGUAAGCCAAACAUCUGUAUGUCUGUGCCCCCCACCAUCUGUUUACAGUUUGUGUUGUCACGUUAAUCUCCAUGUCUCUGUGUUCUUGUUAAGGGCUUCAAUUAUAUUAUUAUGGCGAGUUCUUUUACAUUUUGAAGAACUGUUGCUUCAUGUGAGUAACCCAGAACCAGGGGCGUAACCUGGCCUGGGCAUUCGGGGCUUCAGCCCCAAAGAUUUUUUCUUUAGCCCAGAAUAAUACUCCAGUUAGAGCGGUUUGUCACUACGUAACCGAACUUCAAAGAAGACGGCAGAGUUGUGAUUUUGUAUCUUCAGUGAACAGAGUAUUGUAUUUUAUCUUCAGUGAAUAGAGGUGAGACCAAUCAGACAGGGUUUACAGGAAAAUACGUGGAAAUACUCAUGUCUUAUUGGCUGACCGCACUCAAUUCUGUCAAAUGCUAGCUCACACAGUCAGUUAGGGGGGAAAUGGAUAUUUGCCAAUUACAUUUUUUUAUUAUUAUUUUAAUCAGUAAAGGGGUUGAAACUGAAACAGUAGCAUCCUCUGGUGCUGAGCAGGAAAACAAGGUUGUCAAUGUCUGUACGAGUUCCAAGUUACGUGAACAUGAUAUGAGCAGAGCAUAAGGACAGAUAAUGUACUUUGCAUGGCACUGCAGCAGCUAAAUAGUGACGUGUCGUUUGGAACGAGUCAGUUCUAUGAGCCGGGGUGUUUUGUUUUGUAAAUUAAUACAAGAUAGAAUAAUAGGAUAAUCUUUUGCCACACUGCUCGGCCACGCGCACUCCAUGCACUGACUGAAAGUAAAUACGUGCAUUCUAAUAACAUAGACAACAUGAAGGCACAAUGUAGAAUUUGUACGGUAAAAAUAUAUGGAGCAGGAUCUACUGACAGCCUUCACAGCCGUAUUAGAAUUCCACAUCCAACAGUGCAAUAGAUACAACUUUUUGUGCAAUUUUCAUGUUUUUAAGGUAAUUAGCCCUCACAUGCAAGAAAAAUCAUGCACGCAAACAGUCUAUUUAGAAGCAUGUUUUUAAAAGUUUUUUAAUGGACAACAAUCUGGACUCAUCCCCGUAUGAUUAACAGUCCAGAUAACACCCCUGUCCAGAACCCAGUUCUACCAAAUCUGUUAUUAUAUGAUGAUGUACUCAGUUGUAGCCUUAAUACUUUCAGUUUUGCUAUAAUCCUGCAGAACUGCACAAACUGCGUAAAACUUUGUGAAUAAUUUUCAUCUAAAUAUAUAGUAUUUUCAUUAUAUCCUUGCACUUUUCUUUUAACCGGUUUCCAUUCCAUUAAUUUUAUUCCAACUUAAGAUUGUUUCUGUUUCUAGCUUUAAAUGUCCCAGUGAAUAGCACCUGUCAUAAGAGCUGGUUCAAAAUGUAAUGGUUACAAAAUAAAUGAUGCUAAUAAUAAAUUGAGCUGUGCAUUAUUCAGUUUUGUGGAUCCAUACCAUUUAUUUUCUACAGAGUACGAAUGUUGUGUCAAAUAUGUGAUUCUCACUGCAAAGUUUUGCCUAAGACUGUCACUGUCAAAAUAAUAAGUCCUAUAGGUACCAUUGGAACUAAAAACUGACUUUUUUGACUGAAUGACUGUGGGCAAAGUUUAAUCUCAGAUUUUGAUAAUAACAAAUUUAACUUUUAUUUUAAAACUUUUAUUUUGGGCAAAUGUGCAUUUCAUGCAAUGCUGUGGUUUUAAAAAAUUAUUUAUGAUUUAAAAGUGAUUUUUCACAGUAAAAAAAAAAUUGAAAGUAUCUAAAUGUCCAUUAAUGUCACACUCUGCUGUUUGAUUCCUAGCAGGAGUAAUAUACAACGGUGGCAAUAUUUAGUCUGAGUGCCAGGGUGUGCUCUGUGGAUGUCUUACUGAUGAUAAAUUAUCUCACUAACACUGUUGUGCUUUUUAUUUCAUAUCAAUGUAUUUUUCAAUAGAUUCAUUGCUUUAUACUGCACUGAAAUGAACUUCUUCCCUUUUGUUCAUGCUUUCAUAAGGGUAAUCUUAUAAACUGUUUCGUUUUAGUAUUUAGUUUACUAAUAUUUUGAAGUUGGUUUUAUGUUGAAUAUCAAAUAAAAACUGUCAAACAUUG